GAGGAGGGACACGCGAGGACUCUGCUGAAACAAUAUCAAACAUGUUGUGUUUAUUUCUUUUCUUUAAGUUGCCUCCCAGCUCCUCGGAGAGGAGGUUCUUGAACGCACGAGACUGCGAGUUCCUGGUGCGCAUUUUACGCACGGACCUGGGAUGGCUCUGUGCUGCGAUCUCCCCCCGGCGCAGCGCGUGUCCUGUCCGUGUCCACGGCCUCCGGACUCCCUCUCCUCUGUUUAUUUUCCCUCCAAGUCCGGGAUGUAAACAGUUUUAUGGACGCCUUGGGGGCAAAUAUUUGAAUCGGAGGAGUGUAAACGUGAGGAGCGGCGGGGAUUUGGGUUUACGUACGCACGGUGUACGUUUCCAGCUCCGGUUCUUUGGUUUGGGGGGAGGGGGGCGCUGAGGGCUGAGAGAGGAGAGGAUUAAGUGAGCUGCAAAAAGUUUCAAGCGUGGUAAACAAUUUAAAUCUAAGUAAAUUAUUUAUUUUUAACAUUUUAUUGAAGUUUAAUUUAUUUUCCUUCUCUCUGUGUGCUUUCUCCAAAAAUAACAAAUAUCAUUAAUACAAAUAUUAUAAAUUGGCGGGAAUAAUAUUAACACAAACACCAAAGUAAACAGAUGCAAAAUUAAUGAAAAUUAAACAAACAGAGAAAAUAAACAUUAUUGCUUUAAAUAGUUAAGAUUUCCGGGUUUAUUUGGGAUCAAAUCUCGCUCGACGCGCAAGAAAAGCGUGAAGGGAGCGGGGCAUUUUUUGCAGCGUGCGCGUUAUUGGCGGAUGUGCGUGUUUCCCUGCGCCUCCUGAUUGGCUGAGAGCUCAGAGGACGGCGUAAUGUUUAAUACUGAUGUCCCUCUGGUUGGCUGAGGACUGGGAAGGUCCAACCAAUGUUUUUCACUUGCUUUAGUGGCUGCGGCUCCCUAAUUAAUUGCAGCUAUCUGUCUCCUAUCGAUGUGUGUGUACAUGUGUGUUGUGUGUGUGUUUCCCCCUUUCUCCCCAAAGCGAACAUGAAAUAGUUUGUUGGGCUAUACUUUCUUUCUUCCUCUCUAUCCCCCCUUCCUUCCUUCCCGUCCUGGUUCGCUGGUGGAGGCAGGAAGCACCGAAACCCAGCUGUGUCCGUCGCUUCUGCUGCUCGCCGUUUCCCCCCCUCACUGCUCGGUGAUGUUGGACAUGGGAGAGCGCAAAGAGGUGAAGAUGAUUCCCAAAUCGUCGUUCAGUAUAAACAGUUUGGUGCCCGAGGCCGUGCAAAGCGACAACAACAACAGCAGCAGUCACCACCACCACCACCACCACCAGAACCAACACCGGCCUGCUGGCCCGGAUGACACCGAGCAGAAAGCUCCUCUGCCGGUCACGCACUCGGACGCGAAAGCGGAGCCCAAAAGUGACGCCUCGAGCCAGGAGAGCUGUCCGGACGAGAAGCAGGAGGAGAAGGACGGAAAAGACGGGGACGGCGGUACCGGAGAGAAGGACGGGGAGAAGAAAAGUGGCAAGUACGAGAAACCUCCGUUUAGUUAUAACGCCUUGAUCAUGAUGGCCAUCCGGCAAAGUCCGGAGAAGAGACUCACCCUGAACGGGAUUUAUGAGUUCAUCAUGAAGAACUUUCCGUACUACCGGGAGAACAAGCAGGGCUGGCAGAACUCCAUCAGGCACAACCUCAGCCUCAACAAAUGCUUCGUGAAGGUCCCGCGGCACUACGACGACCCGGGCAAAGGGAACUACUGGAUGCUGGACCCCAGCAGUGACGACGUGUUCAUCGGCGGAACCACAGGGAAGCUCCGCCGGCGAUCCACCACGUCCCGGGCCAAGCUGGCUUUUAAGCGUGGUGCCCGGCUGACCUCCGGCCUGACAUUCAUGGACCGAGCCGGAUCCUUGUACUGGCCCAUGUCUCCGUUCCUGUCCCUGCACCAUCCACGGGCCGGCAGCGCGCUGGGCUACAACGGGACCUCGUCGGGAUAUCCGGGUCAUCCCAUGUCCUACAGCACCAUGCUGACCCAGAACAUGAGCAGCAACCACUCCUCGUUUCCGUCCUCCAACGGGCUCAGCAUGGACCGGCUGGUCGGCGGGGAUCUCCCUUACGCGACGCACCACCUGACGGCGGCGGCCCUGGCGGCCUCGGCGGUGCCCUGCGGCCUUUCCGUGCCUUGCUCCGGGGCCACCUACUCCUUGAACCCGUGCUCGGUGAACCUGUUGGCUGGACAGACAAGUUACUUUUUCCCCCACGUCCCCCAUCCCUCCAUGACCUCACAGACCGGGGCCGGGGGUGGCGGCUCUUUGCAGGCUGCCCGGGCUUCGGCCUCCAAUUCCCCGCAGGCACCAUCCUCUUCCUCGCUGCCAUGUGACAGUCUGAGGCCGGCCCUGUCCGGCUCUCUGCCGGCCUUCUCCUCGGGACUUUCCGGGGGUUUGUCUGACUAUUUUACACACCAGAACCAGGGGUCAGCCUCCAACCCGCUUAUACACUAACUACACAUCCACCCAUCCAUCCACCCAUCCCUGAAGGAGUGAGCAUCUUAAAUGAUUGGAACAGUAAGCUGAAUGUUUUACAUCGAACAUUGUGUAAAAAUGACAGAUUAUUAUAAACUAGCUAUCAUAAAAAGAAGAGACUUAAACUGCAAAACAAAAAGAGCAGCACUAACUCACUGAAAGCAGCACUGACAUUUCCAGGUAUUUUUUUAAAAUUAUUGUUAUUAUUAUUAUUACAAUGAUUAUUAUUAUUAUUAUUAUUAUUGUUUCUUCUUCUGCUCCAUCUCCUCCUGCAGUUUUAAUUUUUGUGUACAUAAUGUUUGUUACUGUAAAUGUCCGGGUUUGUCUCUGUAUAGUACUGUCAGUCAGUGACGUGCAAUGUGAUCUGAGAUAAGGAACGAGAGGAUGAUGAGCGCUUAUCUCGUGUUUUCUGUUCUUGUUGGAGGAGGCAUUUCCGUUUUACUUUAAUCUUUCACCCUAAUGGAGAAUUCAAAAUGUUCUUGUUCCUAAUGAAAAAAAAGAUAAUAAUAAUAAUAAUAAUAAUAAUAAUAAUAAUAAUAAUAAUAAUAAUAAUAAUAUAACAAUGGUGGCUAAUAAAAGGCGUAAAAUUUAGAAUUUUAUUUCACAAAAUGUAGUUUUUGUUCUAACUUUUGAUUUAUUUUUAUUAUUAUUAUUAUUAUUAUUAUUAUUAUUAUUAUUAUUAUUAUUAUUAUUAUUGCUAACUUUUUUAAUUGAAGAUAUUUUAUGCAUUAAAUGAAGAUAAUCUGCGUCCCAUAAUCCCAGUCCACGCGGGCCUCUGAUUCUCCAUUCAUUCAUUUCCUGGUUAAAAAAAUAACUUCAUGCGCUUUUUAUAGACCAAAGAAUCUGUAGAGACUGAAGUCAGUAUUUUGCUGUAACAUAUGACCGACCUGAUGUAAUGAAAUGAGUGGAUGAAGGAGGACCUGGAGCCUCCAUCACUGCAGAAAAUGUCCUUCAAGCGAGAUUUUUUAUUCCUGCUCUAUUUGCAGUACAUUUAUUUGAUUUUAUUUUCCAGAAAUGUGACUGGUGCUCGCGGGUGCCCUUUUCUUUCUUUCUAGAAUUUCAAAUAUUUUAUUUUCAAAUUUCAACAAACGGAGCUGCUAGAGGAAUUUGCCUUAUUUCGUCUAUUUUUUAUCCUAAUUUAAUAGAAAAAACUGAGAUUUUAGUCUGAUUUUGAGCGUAAUUGUCUCGUUUUGUGGACGGAUGUUAUCCGCAGUGAAGCUGUGAGCAGUGAUGUAAACGUGACCGCAGAUAGCCAGAAAACGGACGUUCACGCUUCUUCUUCUUCUUCUUCUUUGUACAAUUAGUUAAAAAAAGAAAAACACGUCUUUGUAAUCAGAUUAUUAUUUUUUCUUUUAGAAAAGGAGGAACAAUGUAAAAAUACUUUUUGUUUAACAAAAGAAAAUAUGCCUCAUAUCGAACAGGCUGCUAUUUGGAAUGAUUGUCUUUUAAUUGUUGCCUCUAAAAGGAUUUUUCAUGGUUGUGAUACUAUUGUGGUCUUAUUCUUAUCCCGUGUUUGUCGCUUACAAAAGUAAACAAAAAAAAAAACAAGAAAAAUUGUUUUAAUCAAAAAAAGUAAAUAAAAAUAGGUUACAUUCAUAA